AUGCUCAACCUUCACCGGGGUCAGGCAGCGUUGGUAACCCAUCGCCGUCAUAUUCCAAUCAUUCAUCACCGUCUAUUGUACAGUUGCAUAAUGGACACGGACCUCCUGUUAAGCUCCUAUGUGCAAAGUUCUACGAUGCAUUCUCAUGGUGUGCAACCAGCGGCUCGUUUCUCUUCAGCAGUACCUACUCAGGAUCACUUGCAGCAUCAGGUCACCAUCGGGUCUUUAUCCUCAGGCUCCAAUAAGCAGGUUUUUCAGCAUGAUGUUCUAUCGCGAUCUGUUGGCACACCUCUUGUUGCCGCUUCACCACAGCAGGUUUCGCAUGCCACUGCAACACCCGGGGCUCAGGGUAAUGUUCUUAUUCAGCAGCAACCUCUUCCUCAAAUCCCAGUAGGACCGGCUCAGCAGAAUGGCCAGCAGUGCUCUUCAAAGCCAAGAGCAGCUCCAACCCAAGAGAGUUUGUCUCGUCAACUUCAAUCUGCAUCGAGUGUACAGCAACAACAGCAGCAGCAACAGCAUGUAGUGAUGGGGCUGCUUCAUGGGGCGCAACUUCAGCAGCAACAAGUCGAUGGUGCAGCAGGCUACGGCUGUGCAAAUGUUUCAAAUCCACACGUUCGCCAGAUUCUGGCAUCAAGAACUCCUCAAGUCCUCACGGGUCCGCCUGGCUCUUCUGGUACUCAGCAAAUGGUCGCUACGCAUUCGCAGACAUCAUCUCCUCCAAGAAUGUCGCCUUCUACUCUUCAACAACAGGUUGUUGUUCCACACGGUAUACUUCCGUCUCAGGCCAACCUACCGUUACGCAGUGUGCUGGCGGCACAGCACCAGUUAUCUCAACAGCAGUUGCUACAGCAACAACAACGACCGCCCCAACAAGUUCAUGUGCAACAAGCCCAGCCACAGCAACCAAUACGUUUGGCUGGACGUGUAGUGGGUACUGCGUCAGGUGCGCUAGCAACACUGUACGACACCGAAAAAUCCGCACCAGCGUUGACAAACAAAGAUGCGUAUCGUAUCUUGAAAAGGCGUUUCAAGUACCUCGUAUACGUAAUUGUUUAUAGACGCGUGCGUCCAGCACAGCGGAAACGUGCUGCCGAUGAAAGCUUGGAAGGGGCAAGUGUCGUCAAGCGUGCCAUUGAAGAAAGUAGUGCUGGUAGUCCUGGUCCCUCCGAAUCUUCAAUGCUUGAUCCACGGUCUUCUGCUUUUGUUUCUACAGCAGCACCACAGGCUGCCACCCAGCCAUACAAGCAGACCAAUCCUAUGAGUGCAUCGUAUGAACGAAUGACUGGAUCGUACACCGUCGCUCCGCAGGGACUCACAGGUGGGCAACCUCAGCAGCAGGUGUUGCGGUCAACUUUAGCCCGUGUUGUUCCAUCGACAAUGCUGGUGCAGCAGCAGUCUGUGCAACAAGCUCACUCAUCUUCAAAUCGCCCUGUCGUCGACACACGUCCAAUUAUGGCUAAAGUCCGAGUUGAAUCCGCUCCCUUGAUGAAUACUCCCACAGGAUAUCUGAGUGAGCAGCAAAGGCAGGCUUCACUGUCCAAGAAAGGCGUACCUAGAGAUCCUCAUAAUGCUCUGCCACCAAACCCAGAAUUCAUCCAGUCUUCGCAAGAAGCGCUUCCUAAUCCACCGGUUAACGGUGAUGAUCACACGCCAUCGGCCAUCAAUGUUCUUGCUCCGCCAGUGUCGAUGGCACCACCUCCUCUGGAUGCGUGCCGUAAUGCUCAGCCUGGGUCAUCAAUGUCAUCAUACCCUAUGCUCAAUGGCUUGCUGCCUGAAACCAGUAACCUAGUUGACGCAAAGGAAGAAAGUGGUGCUGGUACUCUUCCUGCCCCGCCAACGUCCCAAUAUCGCAGUAAGAUGUCCGCGUCAGCGCCUGCCAAGAAAAUUCCGGACAUGUUCCUUCGUGCGCUCAAAAGGAAGGCUGAGCCAGUGGUCACAAGCGACGUUGGGAGCGAUGGAAACAUUGAGAAAAAACCUAGGCCUGAGGAACAAGCUCAGAAGCCUCAGAAGGAGAACAUUGUUUCCGGUGACAACUUUACCCUCUUCGAUUUAUUAACGGAAAAACAGUGGCGCUCAAUACUGAGAAAUGAGUUCACGAUGAAGUAUAUGGUUAAUAUUGAGACGUUUCUUCGAGAACAGUAUGCCAAGAAAGUUCCAAUAUUCCCUCCUCGUGAAGAGAUUUUCUCCGCAUUCAACCUCACGCCUUUGAAUAAGAUUCGUGUUGUUAUCAUUGGACAGGACCCUUAUCAUGGGUUGGGCAGGUAUGCUCGCUCACGGCUUAUCAUUUUCUGUGAAAAAGGAGUUCGACCUCCUCCGUCGCUUAAAAAUAUCUAUAAGGAGUUGUGUAACGAUAUUCCCGGCUUCGUCACUCCUGAUCAUGGGUUUUUGGAGAAAUGGGCAUUACAAGGAGUGUUUAUGUUGAAUGCUACGCUGACCGUCGAAUCAGGCAAAGCGAACUCACACGAGAAAAUCGGUUGGCAAACAUUCACAGAUAAGGUGAUAAGCCUGAUUUCCCUCAACACUACUGGAGUAGUAUUCCUGCUGUGGGGAGGAUUCGCACGCAAAAAGGAGAGUCUUGUCGACUUGAAGAAGCACGCUGUCAUUAAGACAGCACAUCCCUCUCCUUGA